UGGCGCGCUGCUCUAUCGGAACAUCUGUGCUGUGAAUAUUUUAGACUGUGUCGCGUAGCGGAGCGGUAUGUGGCAUCUCCCGCCAUUCGCGGGCUCGGUGUGUAGACGCGCGGUCCUCCGCUACGGCGUAGCGCGGCGGCUACGGCUACGGCGUCGGAAAGUAUUUCGCGGGUGAACUUUGGUGUUGAAUAGUUGAUUAUGACUGAGUGCUACGCGAUGUUGGCGGGAACUUGAGCGCUGUUGGUCCCUGCUCAUACUGUACCUGUAGUCUCGCUCGCUCAGCAUGUGGUCCAGCCAGCUGCCCGCACUGCUCCUCAUCGUCGUGGCUGCAUCACCAUCGUCGUGCCAGCUGCUGUUCCUGAUGGAGCCGCCGCCGCGGCUGUCGUUCUCCAACAGCACGGGCGCGCGCGUGUCGUGCGCGGCGCACGGCUCGCCCGCGCCCGUCAUAUCCUGGCUCACUGAAGACGGAGCGCCGGUGUCUGAUGUGCCAGGACUGAGGAGCGCGUUACCGAACGGCACGCUGUGGCUGGGCGCGUUCUCCGCGGCGCAGUACCGCAGCGACGUGCACGCGGCGGUGUACCGCUGCCGCGCCGCCAGCGCCGCCGGCACCAUACUGUCACGCGACAUGCGCCUUGAGGCGGUGAUGGACAUCCCGUGGGACGUGCGGGUGCAGUCUUCGCACGGCGUGGCCGGCGGGGCGGCACUCCUCACCUGCACCGUGCCGUCCAUCGUGAGGAACCACGUCAGCGUCUCCCGAUGGUUCAAGGACGGAGUGGUGCUGGAGCCACUAGCUGCUGAAGCUGGUGGUCGGUACAUCGUGGGAGGCAGUCGCAGCGACAUCCUGGUGGUUCGGGACGCGCGCCCUGAUGACGUGAGCUCGUACUCCUGUGAGGCGCAGCACGCGCUCACGGGGGACAAGCGGCGGAGUCCCUCGGCUAUGGUCACCGUGUCACAUGCCUCUUCAAGUAUGGCACCGCGAAUGCUGUCGGUUUCAGAAGACGAAAUGGUUCCCCAAGGCGGAGACAUCAGACUUGUGUGCUGUGCUAUCGGAAGCCCCCCACCGACAUAUAGCUGGUUCCGCCACUCAAAUGGUCGUCUAAGCCCCGUUUCCAAUAGCAUCAGGAUAUCGGUGUCAGACCAAGUUCUGAUCAUCCGUCGCGCCCAGCUGUCUGACGGCGGCGUGUGGACGUGCAGGGCUCACAACCAGUUCGGGGAACAGCGACGGGAUGCCAGGCUCAGGGUCAGAUCCAGGCUGGUUGUUAGUGUACAUCCUCAGCUGCAGGUAGCCAACUCUGGCAGCUCAGUGACCUUCAACUGCUCGGUGGAAGGUGGCGACGCUCGUGUUAGGUGGCUGCAUGAUGGAGUGCCAGUGGGGGGAGGGGAGCGAGUCCUCAGAGUGCACGGCGUGGUGAGGGCACAUCGCGGCAUGUACCAGUGCUUCGCUGAGAGGGACCUGGACAGCGCUCAGGCUGCUGCUGAACUGAGGCUCGGAGACACGGCACCAGAGCUGCACUACACGUUCAUCGAACAGGCACUGCAUCCGGGGCCGUCACUGGCGCUGCACUGCGCUGCGUCGGGCAGCCCGCCGCCCAGGUUCACCUGGCUGCUGGACGGACAGGCGGUUGAGGAGCAUAACACGCCACAAAGGAGUAUUUCGCAGUUCAUGAACUCAAACGGCGACGUGGUGAGCUACAUGAACCUUACAUCCGUACGACCUGAGGACGGAGGCCGCUACACCUGCAGGGCACACAACUCCAGGGGCGCUGUCGAACAUUCUACCAGGCUUAAUGUUUAUGGACCUCCAUCGAUACGGAGCAUCGGUCCCAUCCGCGUGGUGGCUGGCGUGAACACCACCAUCUACUGCCCAUUCUCCGGAUUUCCAAUCAGUGAGAUUCGCUGGCAGCGCGGAGGCAUGGACGUGAGCUCGACCGGCGGGCGCGCGCUGUCAGGAGUCGGUGGCGAGCUGCUGCUGUGGCCUGCUGAGCCAGCUGAUGCUGGGGUCUACUCCUGCAGGGUCACUGCGCCUUCAGGGCAGUACGCCCAGAAAGAUGUCCAGAUCUUUGUUAGAAAUCCACCAAAAAUAGCAGGAUUUUCGUUUCCACUUGAUUUGGUAGAAGGCAGUUCGAUACAAGUAUUAUGUGGGAUAACGUCUGGUGACAAACCAGUUUACUUCUCUUGGCUUAAAGAUGGCCAGCACAUCCCUACUGGUUUACAGGGUCAGGAAAAAUCCCUCGACGAGUUCAGCUUCCUGAUAUUUUCUCAUGUGACGUCCAAACACAGUGGAGACUAUACUUGUGUUGCGAGCAAUUCUGCAGCUGAAGUCAAUCACACGGCCAGGUUAGCGGUAAAAGUGGCCCCGUCAUGGGUGUACGAGCCCCAAGACGUAUCAGCUCUCUUAGGAACUCAAAUCUUGGUACACUGCGCUACGAAAGGAUAUCCUGAACCAAGAGUUUCCUGGCUUAAAGGCCAUGGUUCGGGAGUUAGUGAUUUUAGACCAGUAUCAAACUUGGACCUUCAGUUCUCCAUGCUUCCCAAUGGGUCUCUCAGCAUAGCUCCGGCUGCUCAUCAUCAUGAGGGCCAAUACAUGUGCCGAUCAGAGAACGGGAUAGGAAGGGGAUUAUCCAAGAUUAUUGCGGUUUCUGUCAAUGAACCAGCACACUUCGAGUUCUCGUCGCGCAACAUGACGGUGAAACGCACUGCGCAAGCGACACUACAGUGCGAUGCUCGUGGCGACCCUCCCAUACAGCUACAGUGGACACAUAACAUGAAAAGAGUGGACUUGACCACUUACAGGGUUUCAGUAUCAGAAAAGCGGUCAGAAAGCGGAGUGAGCUCUCAGUUAAGCAUAGCACACGCGGAGCGCCAUGACUCGGGAGUGUAUCGAUGUCGAGCUGAGAACGCGUACGGAAGAGAUGAGCUUCUUAUUUAUCUGGCUGUUCAAGAGUACCCCGAAGCUCCCCUAGGACUGCAUGUAUCAAGGCGUUCAGGCCGCGGCGCAUCGCUCUCCUGGCGGCGCGGGUAUGAUGGCAACGCGCGAGUACUAUUGUAUCGCCUGCAGUAUCGAGUUGUUGGGGACGCGAGGCGACCUGAUGCAGGGGACUGGGCAGAUGCACCUACGAGGGAUGUGCCUGUUGAUCGGGUGCUGGAGAGACAUGACCUAGAUUCUACAACAGAAGUGCAUCUGGAGUAUCGAGUGGAAGGCUUAAGACCAGCCACUGCUUACGCCUUGAGAUUGGCUGCCGUCAAUGCUAUCGGUGACAGUGAUUACUCUGAUCCUGUCAUUGUACAGACUUUAGAAGAAGCUCCAUCUGAACCACCUCACAACGUACAAGUGCAAGCUACUGCCCCAGGAGAAUUGCUCGUCAAAUGGCAGGCGCCUCCCCAAGAGUCCUGGAAUGGCGAGCUUCUAGGUUACGUGGUGACCUGGCACGAGGCGUCCAUGGUGGCAGACAACAAGACGUCUGCGCUGACGGCGGCAGGGUGGGGCGCGUCGCACGCCGUGCUGGUCGCGCUGCGCACGCACGUGCAGUAUGAAGUGCGAGUGCGAGCGUUUAACGCUGUGGGUGCCGGCCCACCCAGCUCACCUCUCACUGCCACCACUUUAGAAGGAGCUCCAGAAGCUCCUCCAGAUCGCGUGCGUUGCGAAGCGCUAUCAGCACAGUCCAUACGCGUGUGGUGGGAGCCACCACCACCAGCACUGAGAGGAGGAGUGCUACUGGGCUAUGAAGUGCUUUAUGAGACAGUAGAUGAACUAGAAAGCCAGGUGGAGACACGUCGCUCGGGAGGCAUGGAGACAGUGCUGCAGGCGUUACAGAGAGCUGCCAACUACAGCAUAGCUGUCCGCGCCAGAACUGCUGCCGGGACUGGACCUACUUCGGAACCUGUUUACUGUAUCACACAUGAAGAUAUCCCAGGACCCCCGAUGGACAUCAAAGCGGCUGCAAACUCUGAAGACACGGUGAUUGUGAGCUGGUUAGCUCCACUGCAGAAGAACGGCAAGAUUAAACAUUACACUGUCUACAAUAGACCACAGAGGACAGGCCAACACUCCCAGAUGACAGUACUCCACAAGGAUGAAGAUGAAGAGUAUCAGGUGGAGGUCCGAGGGUUGCAGGAACACCAGGUGUAUGAGUUCUGGGUGACAGCUGCCACUGCUUCAGGAGAAGGAGAAAUGAGUGCUAUUGUGGCGAGGAAGCCUAAUGCUAGAGCGCCCGCAAAGAUAACAUCGUUCGGGCGUCGUAUAGAAGCAAAAGCAGGGUCACGCGCGCGCCUGCGCUGCGGCGCCGCCGGAGCACCCGCGCCGCACCGCGCUUGGGCGCGACGAAGGCCCGCGCCGCCACUCGCGCAUGACGACAACUAUCUCAUUGAUGGAUCAUACCUCAUCAUUUUAGGUAAAUAA